AUGACGCUGACUUCUAAGGCUCCAAAGUGGAUUUCAGAUUUGGCGUCCAAGACGCUCAAAGAUAGGGACCUCGUUGAGCCACUGGACCCGCUGCUGCUGGUCAACAUUGCUAUAUCUCUCGUGCCGAUGUUGGGCGACCCGCCGAAGUCGGUCGCAAUGUGCCUAUUCUUCUGUGGCCACGCGGGGCCUGCAAUGUUCUGGCCCCAGAUCAGCCCUCAUUUCGACGUUCCUGGCUUAAGCUGGCGCGCGCUCGACUACAUUGCAGGGCCCGAGCACGACAUGACGACCCUGUGCGGUGUGCUGUUCGGCAUGUAUUGCAUCAUGGAGUGCGUACCCGGUGCCCUGUGCUGGUUCUCCCCCGAAUGCAACAUGCGGUUACAAUUCAUGAGCAAAGGCACGCGCAAACGCAGCACCGAGGACCCGUUCGGCGACUUGAUGUACACAUCUGGUUCUAAUUCGUGUGCUAUUGUGCUGCGCGCGCCCUAG